AUGAUCCCUCAAAUUCUCCGAGUGUUGCAACUUCAAAAUGAUCCUUCUGCUAGCACGGAUGGUUUAAUUCACACCAAUCGAUAUGUCGUUACAAUGACUUUGUUUUCAAUGCAGCUUGUCUAUGUACUUGUUAUUUUUCUUAUUCGAUCGCUCCAAAUUAACCUUAGCAUCAAGAUGAAUUCUACGCUGGUGGAUGCAAUUUACUCGAAAUCGCUCUAUAUUUCUACCAAAUCUCGUCAAGAAUUUUCUGAAGGAAAAAUCAACACGCUUGCCACUGCGGAUGCCGAAGCAAUUGUUGGAUUCCCCAUCGGUCUGAACAAUCUUUUGGCUGAUGCUGUUCAAAUUGGUCUUGCUCUCUACUAUAUUUCUCGUGUCUUUGGAUAUGCUACAUGGGUUGCUGUUGGUGUUUAUCUCGGCCUUACUCUCGGUCAAUUGGUCGCUGCUCCAUUUUUGGCUAAUCAAUUCAAAAACUACAUGGCUGCAAUGGACGAUCGCACAAAAAUCAUUCGUGAGUUCUUGUACGGUAUCAAGAUCAUCAAGUUCCAAGCCAUUGAAUCUAUUUUCCUUAAAACCAUUAAUGCAUCGCGCUUGAAUCAGCUAUCGGGUUUGAGCAAAUUGACCACCAUGCUUGUUUGGUUAUUCAGCGCCAUUAUUAUCCAGCAGAAUCUUGUGCCUACCGCGUCAAUCAUGGUGUACGCUACGCUAGGAUACCCUAUCACUGCUGAGAAUAUUUUUGGUGGCUUGGCAUUGUUUGAUGCACUUUUAGGACCAUCGGGGUCCAUUGUCUCUCAAUUUGCUUCAGUUUUGCAAUUCGGGGUAUCGUUCAAACGCGUCAGGUCUUUUAUAAUUGCUGAAGAAACUCGACCCAAUGAGGAAACUGUUAUUCUCCCCUCUAAUCAAACUCCCAAUGGUAGUGCGCUCGAAUUUGUCAAUGCUACAUUCACUUGGGAUCCAGCUCUUUCAGAAUCUCAAAAAGCUGCUCCGUUUUCACUCGAAAGGAUAACUUUACGCAUUCCUCAUGGUGCUUGCGUUGCAGUUGUUGGAUCUGUUGGAAGUGGCAAAAGUUCUUUUCUUUCUGCUCUUGUUGGUGGAAUGCGCAAAACUAGUGGCAGCUCUACCAUGUAUGGCUCUGUCGCCUACUGUGCUCAGGAACCAUGGAUUCAAAGCGGUACCAUUGAAGACAAUAUUCUUUUUGGAAACGAUUCAGCUCGUUUAAAUCUCCAAAAAGCCGUGUCUGCUUCCUGCCUUGAACACGAUCUGGAACUGAUGCCAAACGGUCUUGGCACUCGGAUUGGCGAAAAAGGCAUCAACUUGUCAGGCGGUCAAAAAUCUCGCGUUGCUCUUGCUCGUGCUAUUGCUCAUGAUGCUGAUAUUUACCUUCUCGAUGAUCCCAUUGCUGCGCUUGAUGCUCAUGUUGGAAAAGAUGUAUUUGACAAUGCUAUUCGCGGCACACUUAGGAAGAAAACCGUUAUCCUUGCCACCCAUCAACUUCACCUACUCCCCAAAGUCGACAUGAUUGUUUUGCUAAAGAAUGGUCGUAUCUUAGAAAGCGGAACAUUCAGGGAGCUGAUGUCCAAGUCUAACAGCGGUCUUUCUGAUCUCAUGAAAAACUAUCACGUUGACGAUGCAGAGAAAAGCAACCUAGCUGUUAACACAGCUGAUCCCAAUGCCAGUACUAUUGGAAGAACUGCAAAGUAUCAAAAUGAAAACGCUGUGGAUGAGGAUCGUCGGGUUGGGCGAGUCAGCAAAGCAACCCUUAGUUCUUACUUUGCUUCUUGCGGGAAAACCAUAGUCGCAUUUUGCUGUAUGAUGGUAGCUGUUGGAUUGCUUUUGACUACUUUCUCUCGCAUCUACCUUGCACUUUGGACAAAUGACAAGCUUCAUCUCUCGCAAAAAGAUUAUCGAAACUAUUACGCGAUCAUUGGUGCUCUAGAUGCUAUAACGUUUUGCCUUGUAUCCGGGUUUAUUUUCUUUGCUACGUAUAGAGCAUCAGUGAUUUUCCACAAUCUGGCUCUCAAUGGUUUGAUGAAGGCGCCAAUGAGUUUCUUUGAUAGCCAGCCCGUUGGACGUAUUCUUAACCGAAUGACAGUUGAUGUUCGCUCUCUUGAUAUGAAUAUGGCUAUGCCUUUUAUUAAUAUCAGUGGCAACUUGGUGACUUUUGUUUCAAGUAUCAUUAUUGUAGCCUAUUCUUCUAGCUAUCUUUUACUUCAAUUUUCAGUCUUUUCCUAUUAUGCAUAUAGCAUGUUUCAAUACUUCACUACAUCGUAUCGUGAGCUCAAGCGACUGUCAUCCAUCAUGAAAUCACCACUGCUCUCGCAUAUUUCUGAAUCAUUAACUGGCGUAGAUUCCAUCAAGGCGUUUGGAAUGCAGAAGCAGUUUAUUGAGCAAGCCCGACUAAAAGUAGACAUGUCAAAUUCAUCCACAAUGAUCAUGUCCAGCGCGCAGUUCUGGCUUGGGUUCAGACUUGACAUGCUCACUGUACUUGUGAUUUUUGUUCUGCUGAUACUUGCAGCUACCAAUGUGUCCCAUCCUUCCUCAUUGGGUGUUGCAUUGAUUUCUGGAUUAUCAAUUGGGGAAUCAUUGAAUGCGCUUAUGCAGCUGAUUAGUCAAAUUGAAGCAUCGUUCAACUCUGUCGAGCGUCUCAACUACUAUGCUCAUGAGUUGCCCAAAGAAGCUGCGCGUUCGCUGCCCAACGAUCCCAAAAAUGGUACUUGGCCAUCACACGGUGCUGUUUCUAUCAAUAGUCUUAAAGUUUCAUAUCCUAAUCGUCCAGACUACCUUGUGAUCAAGGAUCUUUCCAUAAACAUUAUCCCUGGAGAGAAAGUUGGUGUUGUUGGUCGUACUGGUUCUGGUAAAUCCACGCUCAUGUCUAUUUUGUGUCGUAUCAUGGAGCCCAACCAAGGAAUUAUCGAAAUAGAUGGCAUCAAUAUUGCUACUCUCGGACUAGAUACUCUUCGAUCCAACAUACAGAUUAUUCCUCAAGAACCUAUCUUGUUUAGGGGUACUAUUCGAUCCAAUUUGAGCAUGCAAUCCAAGUACUCGGACAGUGAAAUCUGGAAAGCGUUGGAAAUGGUUGGUCUUAAAGAAUACGUUUCGGCACUUGGUGAAAAGCUCGAAGAUCCUAUUCUUGAAAACGGUAACAAUAUGUCAGUCGGUCAACGUCAACUCAUGUGUCUUUGCAAAGCGAUUCUAGCCAAGCCAAAACUUCUGAUCAUGGAUGAAGCCACUGCAUCAGUUGAUUCUGUGGCCGAUUCUCGUAUCCAAGACUCGAUUGAAACGCUUUUCAAAGACACGACAGUAUUAAGUAUUGCACAUCGGCUCAACACGAUUGCUGCUUUUGAUCGAGUGCUAGUGCUUGAUGAAGGCGUUGCUGUAGAGUUUGAUGCACCUCAUGUUCUUCUUGGUCGUAAAGAGUCAGUGUUUAGCGAUCUAGUGAGUGCUACUGGAGCUGUCAAUGCUGCAAUCAUCAGACAGGUGGCAUCUGAGCACUAUUUUAAUUAUGACGAAUAG